GAAAGCAGAACUUUACCACCAUCUAGCGGUUAAUUUAAACAAACUUUUUAAAUAAAUCCAAUAUUAAACAUGCCUAUGAAAUCUUUGCAUGUUUCGUGUUUGUUCGGACACGCUGUUAGCAGCAGCUGGGUGACUGAAGCAGCGCGGAUAAAGUGACACCAGCAGCCUCCUCUACGGCGCGGAGAGAAGGAUCUCAGACAUGGACAGCAGCAGAAAGAAGUUGAAGUUUAAGUGGCUACGGACUGCAAUCACCUCACCUGCACGUCCUCAGGGGGGAAAUGCUGGCACACCCUCUCGUUGGAAUAUGUCACCGAAUGAAGAUUCAAACGCUUUGCUCCUCAGUGACUCUCCAGGACCUGUCUGCCUUGGAGCACUGAGUCUGGACACUCCCAAGAGAAAAGCAGAGGUGCUCUGUGAAAGAAUGCCAUCUGUAGGCAAAGUUAAGCUGAGGAAGCUUUCCAGGAAAAACUUUUUCACAACUUCAAAGGAAAAACCUAUGGACAACUCUUUCAAGGAGCUGGAAUCCACAGAGAGCCAGCAAGUAUCACCACCCCCGUCUCACUCGUUCGUCUCAAAAAAGAAAACGAGGACAUCCGAGGAGGCAUCAAAGGCUAUCUACAGGAUGGCAUUGACUGCAGCUAUUGACAGCACAAAGACAAGGUGCAGCCCUUCAAAUAUCCCCUGGACUGACGCUAACAGCCCACCUUUGCCAUUUGUGUCUUCACCAGUGAAGACUGAAGUGUCCAGUCCAACGUCACUUGACAGAGCGGUUGUGAAUAUUUACUGUUCCCCGAUCAAACCUGAGAAUAAAUCUGAGGACACCGACACACUCACAGAAGAUCAGUGGUCCCCCAUUCAGGUGUUUGAGGACACAGAAGCCCAACGCAACAGCUCCAAGCCCAAAACAGAUGAACGGAGUGUUGUGUUAAAAGGAGAAGAUUCACCCAGGAGGUUUGUUGCUCUGGACUCAACUUCUCAAGAGAAGUUAUUUGAAACAGAAAAUGAAUCAGAAGAUGACAACUGUGACUCGCCCCUCCCUGCUCUGGAGUAUAUCCCAGAUUCCGUGACUUGUUUCACGACUCAUCGAAAAGGCUCUUCUGACAGCCAACAGUGGCAAAGUCCUUCAGUGAAUACCCAGAGAGCUACAGCUUCCUCUUUCACCCUUUCAUCCACUAAUGAAAUGACUGGGGCAGUCCAGGCAGCGGCCGAGGACGUACAGAUGCCUUUCUCGCUGUCACAGAGGACGGUUUUUGUCUCAUUCAAGCAGCACAACCCACCAAACACGGGCCCUUCAAAGGAAUCCAGAGCUGAGACCUUAAAUUUGCACUCCUCCAACAUUAUGGCACAUUUAUUGGAUCCCUUUGCUCUUCCGCUACACUCAAAUAGAGGAGAAAUUAACCCUUACUUGAACUCCACCCGCAGGCGGUCAGAUGCUGGAUCUUCCGUGGGUAACCCCCCCUACUCCUUUACACGUGGUGGUGCUCCUAAAAGAUUAUCCUUGGGGGCAGAACCUAUUUGGACCAGUUACCCUUAUCUGGACAAUCCAGUUGGUUUCAUAGACACACACUGCCAUCUAGACAUGCUCUAUGGAAAACUUGGCUACUGUCAGACAUUCAGCAGUUUCCGUAGGCUGUACCAAAGCAGCUUUCCUCCAGAGUUUAGAGGCUGUAUUGCUGACUUCUGCAACCCAGGUAUCAUGAUGAAGGAGGCCCUGUGGGAAGGUUUGCUGGCUGAAGACAUGGUAUGGGGGGCAUUUGGGUGCCACCCACACUUUGCCAAAGACUACUCAAGUGUCCAUGAACGCAAUAUACUGAUGGCCAUGCGGCAUCCGAAAGCUGUGGCAUUUGGUGAGAUGGGCCUGGACUACUCCCACAAAAACUCCACUGACACCUCCAGGCAAAAAGAGGUGUUUGAGCGCCAGCUGCGUUUAGCCGUGGCCAUGCAAAAGCCUCUGGUGAUCCACUGUAGGGAUGCAGAUGAUGACCUGCUGCCAAUCAUGAAGAAGUGUGUCCCUAGGGAAUACAAAAUUCACAGGCACUGUUUCACAAACAGUUAUCCAGUGAUUGAGCCGUUCCUGACGGAGUUCCCCAAUCUGUAUGUGGGCUUCACAGCCCUGAUCACCUACCCCAGGGCCACCGAGGCCCGAGAUGCUGUCCGCCAGAUCCCUCUCAACCGCAUUGUGUUGGAGACAGACGCUCCAUAUUUCCUGCCCAGACAGGUGAGAAAAGAUGUCUGCCGGUUUUCACAUCCUGGAAUGGGCAUCCAUACUCUGCAGGAGCUGAGCCUUCUGAAGGGGGAAGACAUGACCACGGUGCUCGCCACCAUCCGAAACAACACCUCUCAGCUCUACAGCAUAUGAUCUUCAGAAAUGAUGGAUUAAAAAGAGAAAAACUAGCAAGACAGAAUCAGCAUUUUUGGAGCUGGGUGAACAUUUUAUGUAUCUUUUUGUUUUAGAUUUAUUACUCUUCUACGUAGAGAUGUCAGAAAGAAGGAGGAGCAGUCUCAUUUUAAACAGCCAGAAAGACUUGAUGUUAAUAAAAUUCACACAAAUAAGUCACUCAGAGGAAAAGAAAAAAAAACAAACAAAGCAGUGACUUUUGUCUGAUAGAAACUGUAUAUCAUUGUUGAGCUGAUUAUAUUUUAUCAUCGUUCAUCAUUAAUUCCUAAGCAUUUUUGUUUAUAUGUUGUGUUGUUUUUGCUGUGUUGCCAUAAUUUGAGAUCUCUUGCCUUGUUCUAAUUUGUCUAAAUGUUUUUGUUGUCCAACCACUGUGGUGUUUUGUUUGGUUUUUACAGUGGAGACGUAUUAAAAAAGAAUCCUGCCUA